AUGGUUCCGUAUGAAGUAUCCACAUCUGAUCACCGGCGCUUGGCAGCAUCCGCUCCACUGCUUUACUUCAAAGGUGGUGGCAUUGACCAAGGUACAUUCGACUCCAUCACAACAAGAACGUACGAGACCUCGAACUGCAAUCGUUUCAUCAUUGCUAACAGCUGGAACGCCAUACUGAACUUGUCUUCUACAGAUAAAGGACGUCAAUUCCUGAACACGCAAUUCAAGAUAGAUCCGAAAGCAACCAUAAAGACAAAGGAUGAUGGAUGGAAUCUCAACUACUAUUUCCGAGAAGCCAUUGAGUACAUGGCUAUGGUCGACUAUCCAUAUUCCACGGGCUUUCUCGAACCACUUCCUGCCUGGCCGGUGCAGGUCGCCUGUCAGUUCAUGAACAAGCCGGGCAACAAUUUCGUUGACGAAGAGCUGGCUACAAUGAUGUACAAUGCAGCGAAUGUGUACUACAACUAUUCCGGCACCCUCAAGUACAACUGCAUUGACCCGAGCCAAUGUGGCGACCCUGGCACAGCCAGUCUCGGCGCUGCUGCCCUCGGCUGGCCUUGGCAGGAGUGUACGGAGAUCGUCAUUGACAUGUGUGCUAGAGGAGGGACGAAUGAUUUCUUCUGGGAUGAAUGCAAGGGAAAUUCAACAGCUCUCCUGAUAGCGACAUGCCAGUCGAUGUUUGGAAGUUUCAAUUGGACAUCAGCCGUAUGGAAUAUCGAGGCAGUACCAAUUCUUUACGGUCUCAGCAUGUCUUCCGCGUCGAACAUCAUUCUCACGCAAGGUCGCUUUGAUCCAUGGUCAGGGGGUGGCUUCAAAGCAGAUUCGAAUGGUGUCAGUCAAGAUCGUGGAAUCUACGUGAUGGAGAUAGACGGUUCAGCACAUCAUCUCGAUCUCCGUACUCCAAACACUUGUGAUCCAAAUACAGUGAAUAACGCUCGAUUCCAGAUUGUUGGAAUCCUGGAUUGUUGGAUUCAUGGAUGUGGUGUUGCUCCGAAGCUGACCGAUUUGCCACCACUAGCUAUCCCUAACAAAGUGGAAUGCAGCGACGUCAACUUUGGGUACCCAUGGGGUCAGGGAACUUCAGGCAGCACUUCGUCCGCUGCCAUUGGAUUUGCUAUGCUUGUACUUCUACUGCGGAGUUUCUUUUUCUGA